AUCCUGAGUGCAGGAGUCUCGGAGUUGGCAUGGCCGAGGAGCCUUUGGGUCAGCUAUUUUUCCAGGAAGCAGUAUGGCCAUGGGAGGAAGACUCUCAGAUUUCAGCUUUGAAGAGGAGCUCAGAUUGCCAGACUGGACUCGCUCUUCUGAAUUUCCUGGAAUAAAGUAUGGUAGCAACCAUCUUAGGUAGAAACUGUUGCUUAACUCUAACCCUGCUGUUUGGCUUAACAAUAGAAAAGUUAUUUUGAUUUUCUGAAUUAUAGAAAUCAUCCCAUUCGAUUGAAUGCCUUAUUGAUUGUAAUGUGAAUAUCCCAUUGGUUGUGAUCUUACUGGUUUUAGGAAGCACAUUCUUUUAGUCCCCAAAACCAGGAGAGCACAUUUACUCUAAAUUGCCUCGAUGGCUCUACAUAAUGUGUUCCUGGUGACUCAGUGGUCCCAAGAACCGAGGGCUCUAGAUAAUGUGUUUCUGUCAAGGCAGUGAUCCUGAGACCCAAAACUAUAAUUAACAUGCUUAAUUCUGCUUCUGCAAACUGCUUUUUUGCCAACCAGGUUCCUCAUCCCAAACCCUGGGAUGUACUCAAUACCUUUCUGAUUUUUGCCUCUAUAAAUCUGGUAUUGCGGCCAUCUUAUCAAUCGAGAUUUGGGAGAGCGAAAUGCCCCCUCAGAGCCCCGGAUUGCAAUAAAUGUGACUCUUUAAUUCGACUUCUUGAGGCGUCCUUCUGUGAUUCGUGGGGUACAUUAUAACAAGAUGCCAGGCCCUGUGGCUUUCUUGGAAAGCUCUUCAAUACUCCCCUCCUCCCACCUUCUUUUACACCCCCUCCCCACAUCCCACCAUGCCUGGGCUCUGGGGCCCCCCAAGUGUGCAGUCCAAAUCCUGCCUCACUGUGAGUGGGAGGGGAGACCCAGAGGGAGAUAGUUAUCUUUUCUGCAGGUGAAAGGAACCACUUGGUCGCUGGUGAUUUUGGGGAAAAGGAUCCCUCUUCUGUAGGCACUUCAGCCCAAGAAUAAUAAAGGUUGCCUAAAUAAAGGUUAGAACUUGAGGUGGGGGAGGGGUGCUUGGUUGCUAAGGGGCACAUGCAGGACAGGCUGCCAAUUGUGACAGGGCUGCCAAUUGUGACAUGGCUGCAAAUUAUUGGGCUCCUGCUCAGCUCAGGGACUUGGUCCCACUUCUCUGGGUUGCGUGUACGUGCCCCAGUAUUUUGGAUCGCUCCUUGUGCUCCAGUCUCCUGGAUCGCUAAUUGUGCUCCAUUAUUUUGGAUUACCUAUUGUGCCCCAGUCUUCUGGGUCACCCUCCUUGCCCCAUUCGCCUUGGUGGCUCACUGUGCCCCGGACCUCUGCCUGUCAUGUCCGGGCUGCACAUGUGGGCCCCACGGUUCCUGUUCCUAUGGCAGCUGUUGUGGCUGCAGGUCCAGGCAGCUCCGAUUCCGGAGGUGGCCAUGGACUCUAUACUGCUGACCUCCAUGCCCCUGGGGCCCACCAAGCCCUGGUCUUGGGAUCAGCAAAAUCCUGCACACCUUGAACUUUCUUCUGUCAACCAUGAAGUCUCAGCUGUACUUGCAGAGGCCCCUGAGGAAACGGAACCUUCUCCAAAACCUCAGGAGGCUUUAGUUCAGCUUCCACGCCAACAAGAAGCUGCAACUCAGCCUGCAGUGUCCUCUGAGCCGUUGAAAUUUUUGUUGGACCACCACGGAGAUCAAGAUAAACAGCAACCCUAUGGUGAAUAUGUUCACUCUUCAAAGAGAUCAAUUCUACCUUCUGUGCCUCUUGAAGAGAUAAAAAAUUCUCACAUCCAUCAGGCUCAGCAGCCAACCUUUCCACCCGUGGACCUGGGACUCACCAUCACUCCUGAACACACUUCGGGGGCUGCGUCUACAGCCCUGCAGCAGACUGCAGCUCCGCCAAAGCCCUCUGAGGUGACAUUUCCCCCCCAAGUGCUGGUUCAGGCUCAGUGGCCAAGCAUUUCACCCGUGGACCUGGGACUCACCAUCACUCCUGAACACACUUCGGGGGCUGCGGCUUCAGCCCUGCAGCAGACUGCAGCUCCUCCAACGCCCUCUGAGGUGACAUUUCAACAGGAAGCGCCGGUUCAGGCUCAGUGGCCAACCAUCCCACCCAUGGACCUUGGACUCACCAUCACUCCUGAUCACACUUCGGGGGCUGCGGCUACAGCCCUGCAGCAGACUGCAGCUCUGCCAAAGCCCUCUGAGGUGACAUUUCCCCCCCAAGUGCUGGUUCAGGCUCAGUGGCCAAGCAUUUCACCCGUGCACCUGGGACUCACCAUCACUCCUGAACACACUUCGGGGGCUGCGGCUACAGCCCUGAAGCAGAAUGCAGCUCCUCCAAAGUCCUCUGAGGUGACAUUUCCACAGGAAGCGCCGGUUCAGGCUCCUCAGCCAACCUUUCUAGCUGUGGACCUGGAGCUCACCAUCACUCCAGAGUCUACGGUGGAGACUGGUGCUACAGCCCUGCAACAGACUACAGCUCCUGAAAAGCACCCUGAGGUGACACUCCCACCGCCAGACACUGUUCAGGCGCAUCAGCCAACCUUUCCACCUUUGGACCUGGAGAUCACCAUCACUCCAGAACCGAAUUUGGAGGCUGAUGUUACAGCCCUGCAGCAGACUACAGCUCCUGCAAAGCACCCUGAGGUGACACUUGAACAUCCAGAACUUCAGCCAACAGAGUCAUCAGAGACAGUUCCUCCAAUGACUGAACAGAGUGCCACCAUGAACAUCUGUGAGCUCUGUUCCUGCAGUAAUGGGACACUGUCAUGUAUUGGUUUUGGCUCAAAGCAGAGGCUCAACAGAGUGCCAGUACCAGAGCCCAGCACCUAUAAUGGCACCUUCACCAUCUUGUAA